AUGCUAUUUUAGAAACAGAUUUUUUAAUGGGGAUUAAAUAGUUUAUUAUUGAAUAUGAGAAAGUAUUAAAUUUAAAAAUAAUAAAUUUAGAAAAGAUUAGAUAGAGAAUUCAAGAAAGUAAUUGAGAAAUGAAUAAACUUUAGAGGAUGUUAAAAAUUUAAAGUCGUUAGGUUUAUUUAGAGGACAUUAAAUUUUAAAAAGUCAAUUAAAACUUUUUUUUCAGUUUAAAAAGUUGAUCAUUAAAGAUAUAGAUUAAAAUUAUUAGAAAUACCUCAUAUUAAAGUGGAUUGAAUAAAUAGAGAAAUAUACUAAAUCGAAUUUAAAAACUGAAUCCAAUUUAAAACUUUUCAAUAGAUUUUAAAAUGGGUUGAUAUUGUCUUCUGAAUCUAAUUUAGAUACAAGUGAAUAAACAUAAAUUAUGCUUAAGUAUUGCCAAAAAAAUUAUCCAAAGUAAUUUUAAAUUGCAUUUACAACAAGAGCUUAAAACUUUGUAAUAGAUUCUGAUGAUAAUAUCAUCGGAAUAUCAAUAAAUAAAGGGUAUAUAAUAAUUUAAAAUAAUAUAGAGUUGUUUUAGGAGAGAAUUUAAUUAUUUGUUUAGAACAUAAAAGUAAAGAAUUAGCAUUUAAAUUAAGACUUAAUCUUCCAAUAGUUCCAAUAAAGGGUUGGACAUUAGAAAGAUUUGUUCCAAAAAAUUUCAAUUAAACUUUAAUUUAAGAAUUCACUUUAAAUACUCCAAAUUAUUUUGCAUUAAAUUUAAAUGGACAUUUAAGAUUAGCAGGAUUUAUAGAUGAUACUCUAUCUAUUGAUGCAAGUAGGGAAUGGGGAGCUAUUUAAAUAUUAAAAAUAUUUAAUGAAUAAAAUGGAUUUGAUUUUGAAAUGAGUGAUUUUACUGUAAAAAGUUGUUUUAGACCAUUAACACCAGAUGAUGUUGCAAUAAUUAGUGAAGUACCUGGAUUUAAAAAUAUAUUUAUUAAUACAGGACAUGGAACAAGAGGAAUGAGUUAUUAUUAUAGUGCAGCUGAUAUUAUGAGUUAAGUUAUGGAAGGAUCUAAAGCAUUUGAAGACUACAGUGUGAAGAGGUUUUAUUUUAUAUGA